GGGGCGCUGCGGGCGCGGGGUGGGUCGGACGAUGUGUUCCUUCGGAGCCGGGUUCCGCUGAGAUAAAUGCGGUUUUGGUGUUCUGUGCCCGAAGGGGCUUGCGGUGACAGCACGAGGGGGAGUGGCUUUAGGCUGAAGGAGGAGAGGUUUAGGUCAGGUUCCAGGGGAAAUCUUUCCGCGCAGAGGGCGGUGAGGCUGUGGGUGUCCCAUCGCUCGCGGUGCUCAAGGCAAGGUUGGAUGGGGACCUGGGCAGCCUGAGCUGGAGGGGGCUGGGUGGGCCAUACGGUCACACAGAAUCAUUUGAGUUGGAGGAGACUUAUCAAGGUCAUCUGCACCAACCCCCUGCAGUGGAUGGGGGCACCUACAGCUAGAUCAUGUUGUCCACAGCUUCAUCCAGCCUGACCUGGAGUGUCUCCAGGGACAGGGCAGCCACCUCUCGGGGCAACCUGUGCCAGUGCCUCACCACUCUGAUUCCCUCCCUUAUAUAUCAAAAGGCCGCUCUCAGGUCUUCCUGGAGCCUUCUCUUCUCCAGGCUGAACAGCCCCAUCUCUCUCAGCCUGCCCUCACAGGGAUGUGUUCCAUCCCUUGGGUCAUUUCUGUGGCCCUUGUCUGGAUGCACUCCAACAGCUCCAUGUCUCUCCUGUACUGAGGACUCCACAUCUGCAUGCAGUACUCCAGGAUGACUUCCUUUUGUGUGAUGAAACUUUUAUGCCAAACAACCAGAAGUGAGACUGGAUAUGCAAAACGAUUCUGUGGUACUCUCCUGUCACGGACAACACAAAAGGGAGUUUUCCCUCCAUUCUGGAUGGUGGUACCUGACCCUAGAAAGACAAAUGUGCUUGUAUUUGCUCAGCCAUUUUGUACAGCUGAAAAAUCUCACAAAGAUCCUAAAAGGAAAGCAGCAUUUGGAAGCGUUGGGCGAAGAAUUCCGUAUCGGAUUUUGCACGUAAUCAACCAGGAUGGAGAGAGCUUAGGAGAUAUGCACCGAGCAGAGGCACUCAGACUGAUGGAUGAACAUAACCUGAAACUGGUUCUGCUUCGUGAGAACGCAGAACCUCCUGUGUACAGACUGAUGACUGGGCAACAGAUUCAUGAGGAGAAGCUGAAACGUGCAGAGAAAGAAAAAGCAAGUCCAAAAACAGUGCUGGUUCAGAAGGAGUUAUCCUUCUCUUCAGCUAUUGCCAAGAAUGACUUGGAGACCAAGACUAAACAGAUAACACACUGGAUUGAAAAGAAAUACCAUGUGAAAGUGACUAUCCGACAGGGAAGAGACAGCAAUACAGACACGUUCACGCUUUUUGAUCAGAUUUUGGAGGCUAUAUCUGACAAAGCCACUUAUCUUUCCAAGCCUAAAGCCAUUAAGGAAGGAACAAGUAUGUGCAUUCUGAGACAUAUGUCUGACAAAGAGUUGAAAGCAUACCAGAAGAUGGAAAAACAGAAAAACAGUAUGGUAAAGAAAGAUGAAAAUGAAGAGCCAAAGUCAAGUGAGCUGCAUUAAUGACUUUAUGAGGAGGUACAAACAAUACUAUUACAAAAAGGACUAUAAAAUAAAGGUUUUUUGCUGGA